GCCCGCGUGCAGGGCGCGGCGGGCCGCGCGGCCGCUCCUCCGCUCCUCCGCGAGGCUGCGCGGCGGGGCGGGCCACGCUGGGCCGGAGGAGCGCCCGGCAUGUCGCAAGUGCUCCCGGCGGCCGGCAGCGUCCUGCAGAGGAGCGUCGCGGCGCCCGGAAACCAGCCGCAGCCGCAGGUAGAGCAGCUCAGCCCAGAGGAUGAUGACCGGAAGGUCCGAAGGAGAGAAAAAAACCGAGUUGCUGCUCAGAGAAGUCGGAAGAAGCAGACCCAGAAGGCUGACAAACUCCACGAGGAGUACGAGUGCCUGGAGCAAGAGAACACUGUGCUGCGGAGAGAGAUCGGGAAGCUGACGGAGGAGCUCAAGCAUCUGAGCGAGGCACUGAAGGAGCACGAGAAGAUGUGCCCGCUGCUGUGCCCCAUGAACUUUGUGCCAGUGCCACGGCCGGACCCUGUGGCUGGCUGCCUGCCCCGAUGA